AAAAUGAAAUUUGACAACAUACUCACAGAAAUUGGCGGGGUUGGAAAAUUCCAAAUUAAGUUAAUCUUGAUCCAGGUCCUUUCUCGAGUCACGCUACCUUGUCACUUCCUGCUGAAUAACUUCAUGGCUGCGGUUCCCUUUCACUACUGCAACAUCAGCGCACUGGAUAACUACAGCAUCUCCUCAAAUUUAAGCUUGGAGCAGAAGAUGGCUGUUGCUAUUCCGACAGAGUUGGAUGGGACUCUGAGCUCCUGUCUAAUGUUUUCCAAGCCUCGACAUCCGCAUCUUUUGAACAGCAGUGAGGAGCCAUCUAUUGUUCAGUGUCAAAAUGGAUGGGUGUAUGACAAACAAGAUUUUCAAUCAACGUUGGCAACAGAAUGGGAUCUUGUGUGCAGCAGGAAAGGUAUGAACAAGGCAACGGCCACCAUCUUCUUCAUUGGUGUCAUGUGCGGAGCCCCUUUAUUUGGAUAUCUUAGUGACCGGUUUGGCAGGCGGCGGAUGCUGUUGGUGUCCUAUUUGUCAACAAUGACGUUUGCCGUGCUAAGUGCGUUCUCCACAUCCUAUGUAAUGUUUGGAGUAAUGCGUUUUUUUACCGGGAUGUCCCUAUCUGGAAUAAGUAUCAUCUCCAUUGUUCUAAAUUUAGAGUGGUUGGGUGUGGAACAGAGGACUCUCUUUGGUAUCAUCUUCAGUUUUGAUUGGACACUCGGAAACUGCGUUUUGGUUGGAAUUGCAUACAUGGUAAACGAGUGGAGGCUCCUCAUUCUAGCUGUAACUUCACCCCUAAUACUGUCCCUGGUUGCUUGGAGGUGGCUUCCAGAGUCUGGGAGGUGGCUCAUGGCUAAAGGGAAGGUGAACGAGGCCCAUUAUUACAUCAAUCAAUGUGCAAAAAUGAACAACAGAUACACGUACAUGGCCUCCAUCACGCCAAUGUCAUUACUGGAAUCUGUUGAAACUGAAACCAAUGACAAGAAGUACACUUUUCUUGAUCUUUUCAAAACAACAAACAUACGAAAAAUUGCCAUAUGCUCUGGCAUUGUAUGGUUCGGUGUUGCAUUUACCUACUAUGGAAUAAGUCUGAAUAUCAGUGGGUUUGGGUUAAACCUGUACCUCACUCAAUUUAUAUUUGCAUCAACGGAACUGCCAAUGAAGAUUGCCCUUUAUUUCUUAAUGGAAAAAAUUGGGAGAAAAGUUUCUCAGGCAGGGACCUUGCUCUCGACUGGGCUCUUCCUAUUCAUCAACAUGUUUGUCUCAAAAGAAAAGUGGAUCAUUCGUACAAUUUUUGGAGUCCUAGGUAAAGCUGUGUCUGAAGCAUCGUUUACAGUCAUAUUCUUCUACACAAUUGAGUUAUAUCCUACAGUUAUACGACAGAAUGGUGUAGGUUACACAUCCUUUGUGGCACGGCUGGCCGUUUCUAUAUCUCCAUUGAUUGUUCUUCUUGAGGAUAUGUGGCCUCUCCUACCCUCUAUGACUUACUGCGGAAUGGCAGUUGUGUCUGGUUUAGUGGCAUUACUCCUGCCUGAAACCCGAAAUACAAAAAUGCCUGAGUUCAUUGAGGAUAUUGACAAACCAAGGUAA